AUGUCUGAUUCGAGGAUGCAAGCCACUUCUGGUGAGGCCAUGGAUGACCUUCGACAGCAAUUAACGAGAAUGGAGCGCAACUUGGAGGCGUAUUUCAAUCACGUCGGCUUCAAACCGCCCUACCCGGCACCUCAAUUGGUACUUGGUGUUUAUUUGACAAGACGAUUCGUCGGAAGAAGCCUCUGUCCCCGGCCCCAAGGCUCCCAAUCAUGGCCACAAAAAGAGGCGGCACAGAGACAGUUAACGCCGUCCAUCCCCCAAUCCAUGGCAGCAGGUGGGGCGAGAAAGAAUACCUUGGACCUUGGCCCAACCAUAGCCGGAGAAGAGGUCGUUGUAGUCGAUAAGACGGGGGUGAGGGGAUGCGCGAUUUUUUAG